AAAAAGAAAAACUCAAAAACACAGAAUUCUAUCAUCUAUUUACCCAUCAAAACUUCAACUAAACGUCUUCCAAUUGGCGUAUUCCGCGUUCACAUCCCCAUCUCAUGAUCAUAUAAAAAUGUAAGCAGAAGCACCCAAGAAACCAAACCCAGAUUCUCUCUUCCCCUCCCCAUUUAAAUCUCUUUUCUUUUCCACUUUCCCAUCACCCAAACACCAACCGAGCUCCAUUAAAAACCCAAGUAUGGAUACCAUCAAUUCAUUUAAAGGCUACGGUAAGGUAGAUCCAGCUGAAGAACAAGCCUUCCACCGAAAAACGCGUAAGCGUCUCAUCAUCCUCAUCGUCUCCUCCAUUGUUCUUGUAGCUGUUAUAAUCGGUGCUGUUGUAGGAGUUCUGGUACAUAAGCGAAAUAAUGAAUCAAAACCGUCCUCUGGAUUUACCCCCGCCGCCUCACUAAAAACAGUUUGUAGCGCCACUCUGUACCCUGAUUCCUGCUACUCCAGCAUCUCCUCUCUUGAAUCAUCAAACUCAACCGACCCAGAAAUCAUUUUCAGAUACUCUAUACAAGUAGCCCUAGAUGAACUAUCUAAGCUUACUGGGUUGCCAUCUAAGCUCAAGGAUGCAGCCAAGGAUCCCCGGCUUGGAGCUGCUUUAGACGUAUGCGAAACCCUGUUUGAAGAUGCUUUAGAUCAUCUAAAUGAUUCUAUAUCUUCCAUGAAAGUUGAUGAAGGAGAGAAGCUGUUAUCUCCAUUAAAGGUUGAUGGAAUCAGGACUUGGUUGAGCACUUCAGUCACCGACCAAGAAGCUUGUUUAGACGCAUUAGAGGAGCUAAAGCAGAACUCCUCCAAGUACGAGAACUCUGAGGAAAUCAAACAACUCAAGUCCAUUAUGAAAAACUCCACUGAAUUUUCCAGCAAUAGUUUGGCAAUUGCUUCAAAAAUCAUGGGUUUGUUGGCUGAUUUCAACAUCCCGAUUCAUAGGAGGUUAAUGGGGCUUGAGGUGUCAUCUGAUUCAGGAUUCCCAAGCUGGGUUAGCCACGGCGAUAGGAGGCUGCUGCAGGAAAGUAACCCGGUUCCUAAUGUGACGGUGGCUCAAGACGGUUCUGGUAACUUCACGACCGUAAAGGAGGCUGUAAACGCCGUGCCAAAGAAGAGUGUAUCAAGAUUUGUGAUAUAUGUGAAAGCAGGUAAGUAUGUGGAGAAUGUGAUUUUGGACAAGAAUAAGUGGCAUGUGAUGAUGUAUGGAGAUGGUAGCAGCAAGACUAUUAUCUCCGGCAGCUUGAAUUUCAUGGAUGGAACUCCUACAUAUGCCACUGCUACUGUUGCUGUGCAAGGAAAAGGAUUCAUAGCAAGAGACAUAAAAUUCAUAAACGAAGCAGGUGCAGCCAAACACCAAGCAGUGGCAUUCCGGUCAGGUUCUGAUCUCUCUGUGUUCCACCGUUGCUCGUUUGAUGGGUUCCAGGACACCCUCUAUGCACAUUCCAACAGACAGUUCUACCGCGAAUGUGAUAUUACUGGCACUAUCGACUUCAUUUUUGGCAAUGCAGCCGUUGUGUUCCAGAACUGCAACAUUCAACCUCGACAACCUAUGCCUCGACAAUUCAACACCAUCACAGCUCAGGGCAAGAAGGACCCUAACCAAAACACUGGAAUUUCAAUUCACAAGUGUAUAAUAUCUGCUUUAGAUACAGUAACAGCUCCAACAUAUCUUGGUAGGCCCUGGAAAGAUUUUUCAACGACUGUUGUUAUGCAGACUGAGAUCGGAUCAAUCUUGAACCCAGUUGGGUGGAUGUCAUGGGUUGCCAAUGUUGAUCCACCCAGCACUAUCCUCUAUGGUGAGUACCGAAACACUGGCCUGGGUUCGGCUGUCGAGAAAAGGGUUAAAUGGGCGGGUUAUAAGCCUGCUCUAACGGAUAAUGAGGCCGGGAAAUUCACUGUGGGAACGUUCAUCCAGGGUGCGGAUUGGUUGCCGGAAACUAAUGUUUUGUAUGACGCAACAUUGAUUUGAAGAUACAAAGCAUCCAAAUCAUCUGAAAACUUUUCUUUUUUUUGGGGGGGGGUUCUCUCUUUUCUUGGUAUUUUACAGUAAAAUCGAAUUGGGUUGUAUUUCUAUGGUCCUUUGUUUUGACCAUGAUCUUGUAGUAUUCUUCAGAAUAGUUAUAAAAGUACUCCACCCAACUUCACUUCUAUA